AUGAACAAGGCAGAGCAGUUGGAAUAUGAGAGGAGGCUGAUCAGAAAGCACAGGACUGAGAUACUCAGCAGUGGCUCAUUCGACUGUUUGAAGCAGUACGACGUCCUCUACAUCCACAAGGUCGAUCAGAGACUGCUGCUUGAAGAACUGGUCAAAUCGAAGCCAUCUGCCCACUACAAUUUGAAGAAACUCGAAACCAAAACGCUUCUAUCGCUGGCUGAGGAGCAUCAGCACCUUCUUGGCCGCAUCCAGCACGUUGCUUCAACCAGAGACGGCCUCUUCAGCGAUGCUGUUUGCUUUCUGGAAAACAGGCGUGUGAAGAGUGAGCUCCACUACUGGAUUCCAGGAGCCAGAACCACGAACGUGUUUGCGAUGAUUGGGAAUCUGCUGCCUGAUUUUGGUGAUCUGUACAAGGUCUAUUUGCUGAAAUGCUAUGCAUUCAGGGAGCAGCAUCGCGACUGCCUGAGGUAUCUCAGGGAGAAGGGGAACAAGGUGGAGGUGGAGGAGAUCGAGUGCAUGGUCCAGGACAGGGGGAUCUUCAGGAACAACUUCACCAUCACCAAAUUGGACUACGUUGAUGAGAUCAAGGAGGGUGCAUUUCAUAGGGCAAUUGAUGGAUACAGAAAUCCAGGUGAAUUUGGGGAAGUUGAGGUGGAAAACUGUGGCAAACUCGGAAACAUCGUGAGACGACGAAACAUCAACAGGGAUCUCAGUGCUGAGAUGCUACCGGAACUGUCGUUUGUGGAGUACGAAGUUGAUGGGGUGGUUUACGUGGGGAAACUAAGUGAUUUUGAUCAAAUUGUCAAAUAUUGA